CGGGGUGACAGGCGAGCGAGCUGGAUCGGGAGUGCGGUCGCGGCUUUCUGCACUCCGACGGCGGAAUGGCCCGUGCGCUGCUUGUCGCGUCUCCGGCCUGCGACCCUUAGACGCCCAAGCCCGCUCUCCGCGCCAAUCCUCCCGCGCGGACGCUGCCAGCGAGCCGGCGGUGCGGCGACUCGGCUCCUGCGGUCCGUUCUCUCAGGCUGCGCGAUCAGGAUUUUUAGACUCUGAGGAGCAAUUGGAGCUAAUCCACACCAUGGAAAUGGAAACCACCGAACCUGAGCCAGACUGUGUAGUGCAGCCUCCCUCUCCUCCUGAUGAUUUUUCAUGCCAAAUGAGACUGUCUGAGAAGAUCACUCCAUUGAAGACUUGUUUUAAGAAAAAGGAGCAGAAGAGAUUGGGAACCGGAACCCUGAGGUCUUUGAGGCCAAUUUUAAAUACUUUGCUAGAAUCUGGCUCACUUGAUGGUGUUUUCAGAUCUAGAAACCAGAGUGCAGAUGAGAGCAGCUUACAUGAACCUAUAGUGAAAAAACCCCUGGAAAUCAGUCCGUCAUGUCCACCAGCAGAAAAUAGUAUGUCUGUCCUGAUUCCUGAUGGGACAGGUGUUGGGGGCCAAAUACCAGAAGCCCAUCCUUCCACUGAUGCUCCAGAACAAGUGGUUCCAAUCCAGGAUCACAGCUUUCCACCCGAAACUCUCAGUGGGACAGUGGCAGAUUCUACAGCAGGGCACUUCCAGACUGACCUUUUGCAUUCAGUUUCAAGUGAUGUUCCUGCUAGUCCUGACUGCAUAGACAAAGUCAUGGAUUACAUUCCAGGGGUUUUCCAAGACAACAGUUUUACAAUUCAGUACAUUUUGGACACCAGUGAUAAGUUGAGUACUGAGCUCUUUCAGGACAAAAGUGAAGAGGCUUCCCUUGACCUUGUGUUUGAGCUGGUGAACCAGCUACAGUACCAUACUCACCAAGAGAACGGAAUUGAAAUUUGCAUGGACUUUUUGCAAGGCACUUGUAUUUAUGGCAGGGAUUGUUUGAAGCACCACACGGUCUUGCCAUAUCAUUGGCAGAUCAAGAGGACAACUACUCAGAAGUGGCAGAGUGUAUCCACUGAUUCCCAGGAGCACUUGGAAAGAUUUUACUGUAAUCCAGAGAAUGAUAGAAUGAGAAUGAAGUAUGGAGGACAAGAAUUUUGGGCAGAUUUGAAUGCCAUGAAUGUGUAUGAAACAACUGAAUUUGACCAACUACGAAGGCUGUCCACACCACCCUCUAGCAAUGUAAACUCUAUUUAUCACACAGUCUGGAAGUUCUUCUGUAGGGACCACUUUGGAUGGAGAGAGUAUCCUGAGUCUGUUAUUCGAUUGAUUGAAGAAGCCAACUCUCGAGGUCUGAAAGAGGUCCGAUUUAUGAUGUGGAACAACCACUACAUCCUCCACAACUCAUUCUUCAGGAGAGAAAUAAAAAGGAGACCCCUCUUCCGCUCCUGUUUUACACUGCUUCCGUAUUUACAGACACUUGGUGGUGUUCCCACACAGGCUCCUCCACCUCUUGAAGCAACCUCAUCAUCACAAAUCAUCUGCCCUGAUGGGGUCACCUCAGCAAACUUUUACCCUGAAACUUGGGUUUAUAUGCAUCCGUCUCAGGACUUCAUCCAAGUGCCUGUUUCUGUAGAGGACAAAAGUUAUCGAAUCAUUUAUAACCUUUUUCAUAAGACUGUGCCUGAGUUUAAAUAUAGAAUUUUGCAAAUACUGAGAGUCCAAAACCAGUUUCUUUGGGAGAAAUAUAAAAGGAAAAAGGAAUAUAUGAACAGGAAAAUGUUUGGCCGUGACAGGAUAAUCAAUGAGAGACAUUUAUUUCAUGGAACAUCCCAGGAUGUGGUAGAUGGAAUCUGCAAGCACAACUUUGACCCUCGAGUCUGUGGAAAGCAUGCUACAAUGUUUGGACAAGGCAGUUAUUUUGCAAAGAAGGCAAGCUACUCUCAUAACUUUUCUAAGAAGUCCUCCAAAGGAGUCCAUUUCAUGUUUCUGGCCAAAGUGCUAACUGGAAGAUACACGAUGGGCAGUCAUGGCAUGAGAAGGCCCCCUCCUGUCAAUCCGGGCAGUGUCACCAGCGACCUGUAUGACUCUUGUGUGGAUAAUUUCUUUGAGCCUCAGAUUUUUGUCAUUUUUAAUGAUGAUCAGAGUUACCCUUAUUUUGUUAUCCAAUAUGAAGAAGUCAGUAACACUGUUUCCAUUUGAAAAAUCUUGGUACUGCUGAAUUAUUUGAUAUGAGCUCAAUCCAGCAUUUGUAGCAGGUUUUGGAUGGGUGGGACAGAGGAGGACAGCAUUGGACAUUAAUAGGGCACUUUUAAGACCCAUUUUUUAAGUGCUAGAAAGUGAAAUUUUUUAAAAGAAAAACACAAGUUUUAAAAUGACCACUUAUUCUUUAAUUAUUUACUAACUGUUGUCAGUGUGGAAAAGACUACAGAUUGCAUACUCUUUUUAUUCACACUUGUACAUGUAGGCAGCAAUGGUAUUGGAAGCAUUUUUAAAAAGAAACUGAACAGCCUAACUAACUAAAUGUGACCUAAGCCUGGUGAAGUUUGGCCAAAUGAAAUGGAGGCUGUGAGCAAAGUGAGGGUUCUAUUUAUUUAUAAUGAUAAAACUGACUGGAGCUAGUACUACCAUACUUAUUCCCUGUCCAAAGCAUCACUUAUGGUGUAGGAUAAGUUCAUGAAAUUCUGGUGGGUGGAAAGAAAUUUUUAUUUCUAUUGGCAGAACUGAAAUGUAUCACCCAAACUGAAAUGUAUCACCCAAUCAGAGAGCAUCAGUGACUUUAAGUGUUCUGCAGAAUUUGCCUGAGGAUUCAGAGGAAGUAAAAAAAAAAAAGAAAGAAAAAAAGAACCAUUUGAAAAAUUUUUGUCACCAGCAAAAUUUUUCACUAACUGGUUAUAUAUAUGAAACAUGAUUCUUGUGUUGUUAAACUUCAGCCUUAGAAAACUCAGUCUCUUCCAUUAUCGUCUACCCCAAUCUGAAGGAGUUGGGCAGCUAAUUCAGUUAAAGCCAGUCUUGAGGGUUAGUAGUAUUACUUUAUUUUAGAGUUCCAGACCUAGGCCUUGACUGAAGGUUUUAGAGAGAGGAAGUACAUCUGUAACUGAAUUGAUAAGGUUUAUUACUGUGCUUUGCACAAAGUAGACUCUCAAAAGUAUUUGUUGGCUUGGAAAUAUUGUUAAAGGUGGUUAUCCCACCCCUAUUCCUGCUUUGCCAGAUGCAGCUGGGUUCCCUGGCUGACUCUCUAUUUUACACUACUUAAUAGAAACACAAACUUGGAAAUUGUGCCACUGGCCCAGCUGGAGCAAUGUCCGGUGUAUAUGCUAAUGCCUCAGUUCAGAGAGGUAGCAGCUAGGUAUACUUUGCUUUAAGCAAAGCGAAUACCUGAAUUUACAAAAGUGGAAGUGGUUGUUCACAAAAGAAUUUUCACUGUGGAAUUCUUUCGGAUACUGAACUCUCCUAGUAUGUUUGUGGCUAUUUCAUUUACACAGAACUUUUCAGGAACUCCUGUGUUGUUUAAAGCAAGAUAUAUCUAUCCUGAUGUUUCAGUGACUCAGUCUGUUUAAGCACUUAUCAGGGCUUCCACACAAUUAUUUAUUUUGCCCUAGUUGAUCUUGUUGUUUGCUGCCAUUGGCAUGAAACAGCCAACUGUGGCUGUUACAGUUGUUCUUUCAUUCAAUUAUAAUUUGUAAACCAGUGAUUCCCAAUCUUUUUCAAGUUAAGACACCCUACCAUUGCUUAUUUGAUUUUAUGAAACUUGUUCCUUUUUUUCUCCUUAAAGGAAAAUAAAGCUUUAUGACAUAUUUAUUUUUUUAAUAAAACUAAGCAAAAAUAAAAGUUCUGGUAAUUCUUUAAA